CUUGCUGGAAAGCCGAUCGCUGCACGGCGCCUGGCUUGGGUCCUCAGCGGCAGCAGAGCAGCCAGAGGUCUUCGGAAUACCCAGCUGAAGCGUGUGCAGGCUCCGUGAUUGCGGGUCUUCCUCCUCUCACGUGCCCGCCCGCAGUCCUUAAAACAGCGGUGUGGAUGAUGGAGCAGAAAUGACAGGUUCCCGUUCCCGAUUAGCCAGAGGGGCUCCCGGUGAGAGACACAGAAGGGUUAUCGCGUCCGGAGUAAAGCGACUCUCAUGGAGCACUCAAUGACCAUGUUUUCCCAUGAUCACAUUUCCUCACUUGUUGGGACUCCGGGGUCCCUUGCUCAGGACCUGCGGAAGACGGUUACAGCAUUGACUAGGCUGGUGCACUGUUUUCACGACAGUCGCAGAUAUGGCCAGUACACCAUAAUCCAAGAAAACUCUGCCAAAGUUACAGAAAGGCCUCCCUUCAAUAGAUCGAGUUCCCAGGAUUCUUUGGAUGAAGGUUUGAUGGAAGACUAUUGGACAGAACUAGAAAACAUCAAGAGGUCUAAUGAAAAUCGCCAAGAGAGUCAAGAGGCCGUUGUUGUCAAAGAGCCUGAUGAGGGGGAGCUGGAAGAAGAAUGGCUCAAGGAGGCUGGGUUGUCCAACCUCUUCGGAGAGUCUGUCGAUGACCCCCACGAAAGCAUCGCGUUUUUAGCCACACUGACCCGGACUCAGGCAGCAGCAGUUCAGAAACGGGUAGAAACGGUCUCUCAGACCUUGAGGAAGAAAAACAAACAGCACCACAUUCCUGACGUCAGAGACAUAUUUGCUCAACAGAGAGAAGCACAAGAAAAAUCUCCAGGUGGCUCAGAAUCACCAUCAGCCAGAACGAAGGAAAACAAAUGCCAAGGAAAAGAUGACCAGGCAUCAAGUGGGGCUGUUGAUAACAAGGAGCUGAUCCCACGGGUGCCUGAGGAUGCUCCCGCCUCCGAAACGGACAUCAACCUGGAGGUGUCAUUUGCGGAGCAAGCUGUCAAUCAGAAAGAACUCAACAGGGAGAGGAUGCAGAAGAUCAGAGUCAAUGAUGCCUCAUUGCCUAGUUUCAGACUGCCAAAAGAUAAAACUGGUACUACAAGGAUUGGGGACUUGGCACCACAAGACAUGAAGAAAGUUUGCUAUCUAGCCCUGAUUGAACUCACUGCCCUGUAUGAUGUGUUGGGCGUGGAACUCAAACAACAGAAAGCUGUGAAAAUCAAAACAAAAGAUGCUGGCCUUUUUGGUGUUCCAUUAACCAUGUUGUUAGAACAAGAUCAAAGGAAAGCACCAGGAACUCGAAUACCCUUGAUCUUUCAAAAACUGAUUUCUCACAUUGAAGAAGGUGGUCUGGAAACUGAAGGCCUCCUACGAAUACCUGGAGCUGCUGUGAGAAUCAAGAACCUUUGCCAAGAACUAGAAGCGAAGUUCUAUGAAGGAACUUUCAACUGGGAAAGUGUCAAACAGCAUGAUGCAGCCAGCCUGCUGAAGCUCUUUCUCAGGGAGCUGCCCCAGCCGCUGCUAAGUGUGGAGUAUCUCAAAGCCUUCCAGGCUGUCCAGAAUCUUCCAACCAGAAAGGAGCAAUUGCAGGCUUUGAACCUCCUUGUCAUCCUUCUACCUGAUGCAAACAGAGACACACUGAAGGCCUUGCUUGAAUUUCUUCAAAGAGUCAUUGACAAUAAAGAGCAGAAUAAAAUGACAAUUGUGAAUGUAGCAAUGGUCAUGGCCCCAAAUCUCUUCAUGUGCCAUACGCUUGGUUUGAAGUCCAGUGAACAUCGAGAAUUUGAAAUGGCAGUUGGGACGGCAAAUGUCAUGCACUUAUUGAUUAAGUACCAGAAACUUCUAUGGACAAUUCCCAAGUUUAUUGUAAACCAAGUGAGGAAGCAAAACACUGAAAACCAGAAAAAGGAAAGAAGAGCCAUGAAGAAAUUGCUGAAGAAAAUGGCUUAUGACCGAGAAAAACAUGAAAAGCAAGAGAAAACUACAAAUGAGGCUGACGUUCCUCAGGGAGUGAUUCGAGUGCAAGCUCCCCAUCUUUCAAAAGUUUCCAUGGCAAUACAGCUAACUGAAGAACUAAAAGCCAGCGAUGUACUUGCCAGGUUUCUCAGCCAAGAAAGUGGGGUUGCCCAGACACUUAAGAAAGGAGAAGUUUUUCUAUAUGAAAUUGGAGGAAAUAUUGGGGAACGCUGCCUCGAUGACGACACAUACAUGAAGGACUUGUACCAACUGAACCCAAAUGCUGAGUGGGUCAUAAAAUCCAAGCCACAGUAGAAGACUAGCCAGAGGACUAGUGUCAUCAUUCAUUCUUGCUGGGUCAAGAGUGUAAAUAAAAGUUGCAGGUUUCUUAAUUAUUCAGCUGUACCCAAUUAUUACAAAGUGACAUCCCAAUGCCUUAAAAUUAUAGAUUUUUGUGGCUUCUACAAUUGCUAAUUAUUAUUAUUAAGGAAACAAAUAUUUUUGGAGUUGAGAGGAAAGGGGCAUAAUUAGCUUGUGGACUGUUUAUGCACACUUUAAAAUGUGACAGCUGUUUGGUCUUUUUGUUUUAUUUUGUAUGAAAUAAAUUCUCUACCACUUUUUUGGGGGGGAUUGCUGGGUAUUGAACCAGAACUUUACCCAUGAUGGGCAAGUGCUUUAUGAUACCUAGCGAUAUCCCCUGCAGAUUAAAUCACAUUUACUAAUAGGCUUACCAAAGAAGUUUUGGUUUAUUUACAUUUUAAGAAUGUUCUCUCCCCUUCCUUACCUCUUCCUAGCUACCUUCCCUCAAUAAAACUUGCCUUUUUAACCAGAAAGAGACAGUUAAUAGCAGGUAUGGGAAGCUGUGAAGGCAAACCUAACUCAACAGUAUUCUUGUUAGUAUCCGUGCCUCUGGAUCCUCUGUCUGAGCAAUCCUUCCUGCAGCAUCCAGGCAGUUAUUUUCUGCAGCUUAUCUUACUUCUGUGGACAAAUCUGUAUCCAUCAUCAAAUCCCAAACUGUCAGGAAUGUCCAAUCAUCACCAAAGCAUAAAAAGCUUAAACACUCCAGAGAAAUAAUAUGAUCCACACAGAAUAACUGAAUCACCUCUGACCACAAUGUGAAAAGCCAGAUCGCUUUAUGCGCGCCAUGCUCUUCCAGACGGAAUCUGCAAAGUAACAUAUUAUAAAUAUCAUAACAGCCCAACCUGGAACAACUGGAGAAUGCAUUGUGAAAUGGCACUUUCCACCCCCACCCCCACCUCCCCCGAAUGAGUCUUCUGGGUGUGACGAUUGUUGAUGUCAACAAUUUUGCCUGUUUUCAUAUUUUAAAUAAUCUGAGUCAACUUGUUAAGAUGUUACAGAAAGUAUUAUUCCCAGGGCUUUUCGUGCACAGACACACUGUGACACAUGGACCUCUGCUGUAAAUAAGAGAAAUGAAAUAAGAGCAUUGUUCGCUGUUUUAUAAGCGUAGAGCGUCAUUGAUGAAAGGUGGUGUGUAUAGAUGUGGCACCAAUGUCUUGAUGACACUGUUCCUAAUUCUUUAGGGGGAGCUACACAUUCUCAGAAGCUCUUGAUGCCACUCUAAUUAGGAAGGAAAGUGCCGUUAAUGAAAACAGCGAAAUGUUGAGCAGCCUGUGGAUAGAUGCUUCAGUAACGCCAUGGUGAUCUGUGCCAUUGCUUUUUUUAUUUAAAGAAAUUUUAUAAUUAAAAGUCUUUUUCUAAACAA